CCCAGUAAACCCAUAUGUCUCGUUCACCAUCUCCAGGUCUUUUCUUUGGUCUCUUGGCAACCUAUCCUACACUGCUCACCCAGCUGGGCAUGUGGGGGAAUAAUAAAGAAGGUGGAUAUUCCUGAAGGGGAGAUGAUAUCUCCUUGGCAACGGAAGUGGGUGCACAGCCUACCCAAUGACUGGGUCACGGAAAACCCUGUUCUCUACAGGGAAAAGGAAAAAACCAAGAAGGAAAAAUCUCUAGAGAGUGAGAGCACCAUUGCUGCCCGAGAAGUCCGGGGCCUCACGGAUGCCAUCGUUCCUGAGAGGACCAGCGCCAUCACCCUUCAGGGGCGAAGAGACCAUAAGAGGAAGGGCUGGCAGAGCACUGUGGGGAGCUUCAAGGAGGAGAUCGCUCAGAUUGGCAUGGAAAUGGAACCUCUCAUCUUGGAGCCAGGAGCACUUCUUCUUAAACAGCUGGCUGAAUCUGACAAAGACAUCAACAGCCUCUUCAGAAAGGUGGAAAACGACGACAAUCUCGAAGACUACACCAUCCAAACCCUGUUGGAGCUGUGGGAUCAGGUGGUUGAGAAGUUCCUCCUCCAGAAGCAGGGGAUUAAGAAGCUGGAUGAGACCCUGCUCUCACUUGAGUUCUCCUGAGCAGACAAGCUAAAAAGCGUGUUGAAGAAAUACGUGGAAAUCAUAGAGAAAACUUCCUGUCUCAUGCAGCCCAAUAUGUACAGGCCGAUAAAUAAAGAAGCCAUGGUGAGUAGUUUUCAUGUGCAGUGGAUCAGCCCACGGGAGAGGGAGCCUGGACCCCAAGACGCCCCAGAGGCUGGUGACUCAGGAAUGAUGAGCUUUCCACCUGCAUCGUCUUGCAGUUGUCGCGGACUCAGGGCAGUUUGCACCCUCAUAAGUCAGCCCCGCCUGGUCUGUUUGUCUGUUUUUCUGCUGCCUGUCAGUACCUGUUCACACGGAGUGAAAGGGGGUCCCGCGUUCAGCACCGCAGCUGGGUUCCAGCCCAAGUGUGUGCCUUGGGCUCCUGGACAGAGCACGGACAGGGAAACAUUCUUACCAUGGGUCUCACCUCUGCUCUCCCACCUGCCCUGCCCCUCCUCUCCUCUCCUCUCCAUGGCGCCACCCUGUGUGGACACCAGUGAGUUCAUGGCCAGUGAGAGGAUCCAGGCUCCUCCAGCCGUGAAGAACGAGCUGGAGAGCAUGCUGAAGAACCAGGAGGCCCUGCAGCGCAAGCGGCUGGAGCAUCUCUGCCCCAUCUGUGACCUUCUGCCUCCCGGUUACAGCAGAGCUCAGCUGGCCGAAUGGCGUUCCUCUCUCAACUCCCUGAACAAGCACCUCGACGCCUACCACGUGGACUGUAUGAUGCGUGUCCGCCUGCAGUAUGAGAAGACGUGGCAGGAGUGUCUGGCCCACGUGCAGAAGUGCAAGAAGCAGCUACUGGACUGGAAAGCCGUCACGGAGGAGGAGGCAGAGAGCCUGGUGAGCCCGUCCUUCUUGCAGAUGGUGGGAGCGCUCCAGAGCAAGGUGGAGGAGGAGCUGGAAGGCCUGGAUAAAUGCUUCGAGGCCCUGGCUAAGCAGACAGAGCAGCAGAGCGCAGACCUCUUCAGCUACUUCCAGGAGGCCGUGCAGCUGUGGGAGGCACAUCAGAGCAUGCUGUCGGUGCAGGAGCUGGAGCUCGAGAAGAGGAUGGAGCAGCAGCGGCAGAAGCACAGCCUGGAGAACCAGGCCCAGGAGGCCCACCUUGACAAGCUCUUGGACCAACUGAGGCAGCAAAGCCAUGAGGAAACACUGAAGCUUCACCUGGAAAAGGCCAAAGAUUUUCUGGAGAAUAUGAAAUGCAGGUAUGAAUGUUUUCACGUCCUCCUGACAAAGGAAGUGAUGGAGGACGCAGUGAUCAUACUGAAAGAGCUCAACUCCUACAGCUCCACCCUCAGCCAACAUUUCUAUGUUCGUGAAAUCUUUGAGCAGGACUUGGGUGGGGAAGUCAUCUUCAAGGUCAGGGAACCAGAAGCACAUGAGAAGGGCUUCCAGGAGAGAAGGAGAAAACAAAGGGCUAAAGUAGAAAUGAGCAAAAGCAGGAAAAGCGCCAGUGGAGGGACAAGUUCCCCCAGGCCGGCAGAAGAGAUGGAAGACGAAGAAGAUCAAGAAGUCGAAUCCUGCACAGCUGAAGAGGUGGCAGCAAGCCAGCAGGAAGAGUCUGUCCUGAGCGACGAGAUGCAUGAGUCCAAAGAGGACUCUCCUCUGGGAGUGGAAGAAAUGCAGCUUGAAAGAGACAGCUCCCUAAAGCCCUCCCUGAACCUGGAAAAUGGGAUGGGUCAAGAAGAGGAGGAGGAGGAGGAGGAGGACAGGAUGGAGGAGGAAAGGGCGGGGGAGGAGGAAGAGGAAGAGUCGGAGGAAAAGGAAGAGCGCGAGAGUUUAUCUGUGGAUGAGGCCGAAGCCCGGGAAGAGAGUCUGGGGGAGGUCUCCCGUGAGAACAUGGAGUCCUUCACAACCUCCAGUGGAAACACUUAUUUUGUCUUCCUACCCCUGGAACAAGAAGAAGAGAGUUGCAAGAGGCCCCAGUCCAACCUUUCUGCCGUUCUCAUCAACCACACUUCCAAUGCCAAGUUCCUGGAACAAGUGAUCAUUCCAUCCAGGCUGGUUUCAGAAAUUAAGAAACAACUUCGAGCUGGCUUUUUUGAGCACUUAGAGAAGUGGUUUGACCAAUGUGUCCUCAAUGCCUGGGUUGUCGUGGCCACCAAGAUUGAUGGGCUGGAUUCAGAACUGGAGCUGUGUCUGCACCUGCACCAGCCAAGAGCCCAGCACGUUGAAAAGGACAUCCACAACGUGAGAGCAGCGGAGCUCCUGCUCCAUCAAGAGAGGCUGGACAGCCACUGUGCUGGGGUGGUCGAGGUGCUGAAGAAGGAGAGGCUGAUGUUCCAGCAGUUCCAAGAAGAGGAAAACGUGAGGAGCAGAAACUUCCGCCGCAAGAUUUACGACGUGGAGCACAUCUUCUUGAACGCCACACAGAGCCAGAGGCUGGUCACCCUCAGCAGCACACUGCACCAGGAGCUGCUCAGCCACGUCAACGUCAGCCAGGUGUCCCUGCGCAGCCAAGGGACUCUCCGCCAAUACUUGAAAGAGAGCCUGGGCAAGCUCUGCUACACCAACAUUGAGUUCAUCAAGCACUGCAGAUUGUUUUCAGAGGGAGGCAACAUUUCUUCUGAAGAAAUUGACUCACCGUGUCAUCGACUGGAGAAGGAAACUGCCCGGACAGAGUUUGUUGAAAGUUUAAUCAUGAUCAACAUGGAGAAGAUGGAGAGCGAGUACCCGGACCAGGCCAAUGAUGUCAUCAGGUUUGACAGUAAAUUCCAUAACCUGUCUGUGGACCUUAUUUUCGUAGAGAAAAUCCAGCAUUUGCUCACAAAUCUGCAGGUGAACAUCCAGCGUGAGGUGGCAAAAUCCAAUUCGCAAUCAGAUGGAUUAAAUUCUUCUCUGGAACAGCUUCAAAGCCAGGUGGAAAUGUGUCGAAACUCAAGGGGAGAGAAGACAAUGGUGACCACGGAAGACCUCCUUGGGUUUGUCCAAACUUGGAAAGAAAAACUGAGCCAGAGGAUUCGGUACCUCAACUGCAGGCUGGACACAGUGUCUGUGACUCAAGUGGUCUUCACUAGCCAUCUGCAGUGUGGAAAUGAACACCGCCAACCAAAUGAGAAAGGCAAAGGCUAUUUCUUCAGAGCUUGCUCCCGCAAGGGAGGCAGCCGCCAGCACCUGCAUUUCAGCAGAGCCUCAAAGGCAGGCAGAGGAGUGGGAAAGCCGUCCGGGGGAGAAAAGGAAGGCUCCAGGUGUGCCCUGCGUGGAGGCUGUCGGCCUGGGGAGGCUGGAGGCAGGCCAGCUGGCAGGGGCAUCAUCACUCGGUACUCCAAGCCCAACCGGACAGACAGAAAGUACCAGGUACUCGGGGACAAGCCACCUCCUCCGGCUGAUCGCCUUUUCUUCAUUGAGGACAAGCUGAACCAUCUGUUGAGACGUGGUGGCACGGCAGCCAGUCAAGAUUUCCAGAUGUUGGGCCUGAAGCAUCGUGAGUGGCCCACACAGCAGCAGCUCCAGGCAUUCAGGUUGCCCUUCGUCCAGCUCAGCUUGUAGGGCUUCUUUAGAUCUGGGGGGAAAGCCAGCCACAAAGCAGCCUAAUGUCCCAAUAAGGAUCUGCAUAGUCAAGUUUUAGUUCUCAGUGGGAUCAAGUCAGGAGGACGGGAGAAAAACUGAAAACGUCAAUUCGAAGACUUGCAGCCAGAUAUUGAAGGAAGCUAGAAGAAUUGAGAAUUUGGCAAGGAUUGACAGAAGGUAUAAGAUGUCAAGAUCCAGUCCAGUCCACAGGUGGGUAACAAAACCUCAAAGACAAGGAAUAGGGGUAGAAUCUGUUAUCCCACAAGAGGGUGCUCUGGUUUUCCAUUGAAAUGUAAAAUUUCUGUCAUCCCUUCUUUCUGAUUCUUGUUUACAAAAUAAGUCUGAUCUCAUUAGAUUUGGCCUGAGUAUUUACGUAAGUGCAGCAAGAAUGGUAAUUGACCACACAGACCUUUUUAAGUUUGUGUUGCUGGAACUUUUCAUAAGGAAUCUCAGAUUGGACUUUUAAAAGCCCCCUGUGGCUGGGACCCCAAGCCAGAUUCACUGGUGAUACCUGUAGAUUUGGGUGAAUCCCUCUCUUCUUGAGGUCCCCACGAUAUCCUACGGUUCCUGGGCCUGCCAGGAAGUGGCCUUCCUCACUCACCUGUGAGGCUGGGAACCCUGUAAGCCAGGUAUCAGACUGGUUUUCCCAAGAAGGCUUUGUAAGUAUUGGUUCCAUCAAGUCAGCUUUAGCUCCUUAAAACUCUUUCGUCAAAUCUGAUUCUCUGCAUCGUUCUCCUUAUGACAUUCCAGUCAAAGCCUUGGUUAUGUAUCAAAGUUUCCAAUUAUGUCCCCUUACAAGGAGGACAGAUUCUUAUUGAGCUCAUGUAAGUAAUUAUAUUGCCAUGAUAAUAAGUAUACUCAGUAAGAGCUUUUGAAUUCUGGAGUGUGUUAGAGUGGAUAAAACAUCCAGCCUGUUUCCAAGCACCUCUUUUUCCUGUUCAGCCUCAGGCAGCUGCUUUCAGGAGUUCCUCAGUUCCUUGAGAGCCUGGCUGGGGACAGGAGGUCUGAACUCCAAGUGACUGCAGGGAGCUGAGGGCUGGAGUGGGAGGGCGACAGUCUGGCAGGGGUGGACAGAGGGAUGGAAGAGCAGACGUAUCGAAGGAUCAAGGGGACUGAAGGCUAGACCGAAGGUGGUAGGAGGAGGACGGAGGAGCAGAGGUGACGGCAAGGGAGAGGUCUUACCUGAGCCAGUUUGGGAGAUCUUAAGUUUUCCAAAGAAACCAAUGGGGUUCCAAAUUAUCCUUGGUAACAUCAUGCCAGUGGCAUGGAUCCCACAGUGGAAGAUCGUUUGGGAAGGUAUAGAGAAAGCAUACAAAGGAGCUGUCCAAUGCUUGGUCAAGGAGACUGCUUUUGUCAAGAUCAACAGCAAACUGUCUUUCCAGAAAGCGUUUUGGGAAGGUAGAGUGAAAGCCAUGGAAUUAUGCCUUUUGUGCAACUCCUCAGGUCUCUUUCCCGAGGAAAUCAUCCUAUCAAGAAGAAAAGACUUACACAAAAAUAUACCACACAAUACUUUUCAUCACAGCUAAAAAUGAGAAAAAACCUAAAGGUCCAAAACUAGGGGAUUGUAAACCAUGGUGCCUACAUACCUAAUGGUGUCACACAGCCAUUUAAAACGGUAUCGUGAUGUGGGGACACUUUCCAGUGAGCAGAAUGCAAAACACUCAUGAACCUAAUUCCAAACUGAUUUUAAAAUCAGCAAAAGGAAAUAAAAUAAAAUGUUUGUAUUCAUUUUU